AUGAUUGAAAACUGGUCUAUCCUCCAGGUAUUGCUGGCCUCGACUUGUUUAUUGUCAAUCGGGCUGGGAGAUGCCCAAGUCAACAGAGUCGCAUGGCUGGAUAACGUCAGGACACACGAUCCGACCUCUCCAAAACCAGUGGCCGCCCAUGCUGCCUCGCAUGAGGUCGAACAUAUUGUUCUUGUCGAAGACGGCGCUGAAUCACAGGUCAACAUUUCGGUCUUCUCCGGGGUAGGGAAGAGAGAACCAAGGAGGAAGUCUCAUAAUAAUCACUCCGGCAAUGAUACCCAAACUGAUGAUUCGAGUGUUGGAAAAAUUGAUAUCUCUGUACCACUAUCCAUCGGUGCGAGUCUUGUGAUUAUAAUAGUAUUCUUUUAA